AACUUCUGAUCCUCAGAUACAGUAGGGCUCUUUUUGUCUGGUCUUAAGUUUUGGCUAAAGUUAAAUGUGACUGGGUGUUUGAUGUCACUAAAAAACACUUCACCUCAUAGCCAUGCGUUUGAUAACUCGACAGAAAACCAUAACCUUGUGCCUCUCCCUCGCCACAGAUACAUUUCGUGAACAGUUAACUGGGGUCGAGCAACUCCUCUUCACAGCCCUUAGGUGAAGAUCGGCCGGCUCAGUCUUCGGUGUUAAUGUUCAGGUCAAUAAGUUGUGCAUAUUGUUCGUGGUGGAAGAUGCCGGUGCUUUCCUUGUGGAAGAGCUAUCCCGGUCCCAAAGUCCACCAAUAUAUCCCAACGAGGUGCUUCUAAUGACGACUAAUGAGUCAGCCAACAUCUCCAAAGUGUGAUGACGUUUCUGAUCCUGCUUCCUACCACCUACCCCUGUCCAACAAGCAUUCAUAAAAUAAAGUGACACAGACACGUCAUAACAGUAAUAGUGUGUCAGGAGCUGACAAGCUAUUAAACCACAUGAACAAAUAAAAGACGCUAACGACAAUUCACACCAUUCUGAUAUGUUGACUGGUUGCUGUUUUUGCAAAACUGCUAUUCUUAGUCAAACACGUGCAUUAUGGCUGCUAUUUGAUGUUUUUGUCUUGCGGAGGCAAUAGACUUGAGCUCUGCACCAGGCAAGACAAGAUGAAGAAAUGUGCGAUCAGUUGGAAAAAGGCAUUCUUCUGUACUGUAAUUACCAGGCCUCCACCUUUGAUAUGAGGAAGCUUCCAAACCACCAUUUUGAGGCCAUGGACAACUUCGCAAAGUGCUUCCUGAUCCUGCGGCUGGAGAGCAGUCAGGUGGAGGGGGGUCUCCACUGUGCUGAGGGGGACAUCAGGGGCUGGAGGGCGGUGCGCGUGGACCUGGUGUCGCCGCCUGUGGAUCGAUACGCCUUCGCUCUCCUGGGAUGGACUGGAUCCAGACAGUUUGAGAGAGAUCUGAGAAGGUUUGCACAAGUGGAGCGAGGGAUGAUUCUGGACAACCACGCCCUGUACGACAAAAAAAAGAGCUAA